AUGGCUUCUGAUCAGCACCCCAGUGGACUUGAACGUCAACAGGUUAUGAUUGCCCAAUCUACGGAUGUCUACGAGGGCGUCAAAUUCACCGGCGGGGAUAGUCCGGGCGCAACACGCAAUAUGGGCGAGGUGCCGGCAGCUCUACGAUGGAUGCACCGUCUGGGUGAGUUCUUCAAGCAGCAUACUGCAAUGGAGCUCCCCUUCUGCAUGGGCCUCAUCGAGCUGGUUCGUCGUCAGGUUCAGGAAGCUCUUCGUGUGCAGCAGCAAGGCUUGGAGGAGCUGAAGGAAGAGAACAUCACGGAGUGCUUGAAGAUGAUCGGGCCUAUUCCAGUGCAGCGCUACCUGCAGAUGCUCGGGCUCCUCUUACAAGUCAUGGAGUACUUGGAGGUGAUCGGGCUUAUUCCACUCAAGGUGUACCUAGGGAUGCUCGGGCUUCGCUUACAAGUCCUGGAGUACUUGAGGGUGAUCGGGCUUAUUCCAACCAAGGUGUACCUGCAGAUGCUCGGGCUUCGCUUACAAGUCAUGGAGUACUUGGAGGUGAUCAGGCUUAUUCCAACCAAAGUGUACCUGCAGAUGCUCGGGCUCCUCUUGCAAGUCACGGAGUACUUGGAGGUGAUCGGGCUUAUUCCAGUCAAGGUAUACCCGAUGAUGGUCGGGCUCCUCUUACAAGUCGUGGAGUACUUGGAGGUGAUCGGGCUUAUGCGGCAGCUAUGCAACAAGGAGAGGGUCGCACGAUCAGUGCCUCUAUACCUGAUGAUGGUCGGGCUCCUCUUACAAGUCGUGGAGUACUUGGAGGUGAUCGGGUCCCCUUUAGCUUUGAGGAGAAGCCGUAUAGUGGUCCCGCAGUGUUUGAGCAGUAUGUCCCGGGUGGUCCGCGUCCUGAGUUGCCAGGUGAUCCCGGUGGAGUGCGUGUACUUCCAGGAACCGAAGGAGGUCCCCAAGGCCGUGGCGCGGAGGGUCGACGCGCAUGGCUGGAUCGAGCUUCAAGGAGUGCCAGUCCGGAGCUACGGGGCCGUGGAGCUUCAUCGAGCCCGGGUCGUCAAGGGCGCAACGGUCCAAUGGCAGCUAACGUGA